AUGCCUGCAUCAACCACAGUAGCGCGCGAGGAAGGAUAUGAUCCAGCAUGGCUCGAGCUUGAAGCUGCAAUGGGUGGCCGCAAGCACCUGUCGGGCAGCUUCGCGGAGAAACGCGUCCAGUUUAACGCCCUUUCCGAUACCAUGCAGGCGCUGUGGCCUCGGCCUCUCGUAGACGGGAAAGGCAAAGCCGUCGAUGUGGAGGUCGAGGACCUCACCAUCCCGGCCCCCAGCUCGUCAAAGUCAACCGAAAUCCCCCUGCGAAUCUACAGGCCCCGCCCCUCCGAAGAAGAAAAAGCGAAAGUACCUCUACCGUUGAUCGUAUGGUACCACGGCGGCGGCUGGAUGGGCGGCACGCUUGACUCGGAGCACGCGCAAUGCCAGCUCAUCGCUGCGGGCGUCCCAGCCGCCGUCGUCAGUGUCGACUACGGCCUGCUGCCUGAAAACAGCACCGCCGGCAUGCUAGCGGACUGCGUUGCUGGGUUCGAGUGGGUGUGGGCGAAUGCCGCUUCUAGCCGUCUCGGCGGCGACGCGAGACGCGUGGUGGUGUUGGGGGGCUCAGCGGGAGGGGCGUUGGCGUACGGCGUCGUGCGGGAGUUGGUGCUAAAGGGGGAAGGGGACAAGUGCAGAGGCGCAGUAGGCGUUUUUCCCGUGACGAUACAUGCGAUGACGCCGCCGGAGAAGUGGAGGGGGCUGGUUAAGUCUUGUGGCUCGGAGCUGUGGGAGACGGCGCCGGUGGUGAGGGGGGUGGAUCAGAAGGGCGUGCUUGAUCUCGCAGCCGAGCGCAGCCCGGCCAACGAUCCCCUUUUCAUCGUCAAGUUCACUUAUGAGGAGGAAGUGCUCAAGAAGUUCCCCCGCACCUACAUCGCGACAUCCAGCAAGGAUCUCAUGCAGGACGACGGCACAGUCCUAGAGGCAGCGUUGAAGGAUGUCGGCGUGCCGGUGAGGAGAGAGCAUUACGAAGGGUUGCCGCACUACUUUUGGUUCUUCCCGCAGCUGGGGGAGAAGACGAUGCGGUUCGUGGAAGAUCUAGUGAAAGGGGUUAGAUGGGUGUUGGAGAAUUGA